AUGUCCGCAUCCCGGCCUGUCAGAGAGCGUCCAGUCGUCAAACCUGAUGCAGCGGCCGAAGGAGCCGAUGACGUUGAAACACCGGCCGCCGUAACCUUUACAGCCGAAGAAGAAGCGGACCUCGUGAAAGAGUCGAAUGACAAAAGGCCGAGGCAAAUGAACUGUUCGUCUCCAAGAGACUACGAGCUUGCCGUUCUCAAAUGCAACGUCUCGGCAUGUCACCUAAAGCUCGAGGAGUGGAAGGAAGCUGCCGAUACCGCUACGGCCUCUCUCGACGGGCUGGAUCGGAUAGGGAAGAAAGAGACGAAGCAACUUGCAGAAGGCUCAGCCAAGGAUAAGGACAGCAUACCAGGCGAGGAAAAAGACGUCGGCGCUGAGGAAGAGGAGAAGGAGGAAGAGGAUGUUGUUGAAGAAGAAAUUAUUAGCACCGGCGCGGCGAAGGCCGCCCCUCUGCCGAUAACGAUCAGCCCUGAGGAAGAGGCAAAGAAGAAACGAGAAGAGGACGUAAAGCGCAUACGGGCCAAGGCACUAAUGAGAAGAGCGAGGGCUCGAAGCGAGCUAGGUGGGUGGCGCAACUUGGCCGGCGCCGAAGAAGACUACAAGAUCCUGGCCCAGAUGGAUAACUUGGGGCCCAGUGACCGAAAGAUUGUCAUGGUGCAACUAAGGCUGUUGCCACCAAGGACAAAGGCUGCUCAAGAGGCUGAGACGGCCGAGAUGUGGGGAAACUGA